UUAGGAAUUCGAUCGGUGAGGCUGCUGGACUGGGCAGUGACGAUUCGUCCAACCCUAGCCAGGCGCGAAUAGCGCUCUCGUUCAAUUCUCCCAUGGAGCUGGAGACAGUUGCAGGCUUUCUUCCACUUCCACCGUCGACCACGAUGCCCAAACACUAUUGCGACUAUUGUGAUGUAUUUUUGACCCACGACUCCACAUCAGUACGCAAGGCCCACAACAGCGGAAGGAACCAUCUGGCCAAUGUUCGAGACUACUACGCUUCAUUGGGACAUGAUCAGGCUCAAAACAUCAUCGACCAAAUCACCUCUGCGUACGAGUCAGGAAACGGGCCUCCCCCAGGUGGAUUUGGAUUCGGCCCUCAGCAUCUGGGCGCUCCUCCGCCAGGUUUCGGCGGCCCUCCUCCUCCAGGCUUCGGUCUCCCUCCCCCAGGCUUCCGUCCUCCGUUCCCUCCCGGUGGUGGUCCCCCAUUCCCUCCACCCAUGAUGGGCGCCCCGCCAUUCCCACCCAACGGCAUGCCCAUGGGCCCGCCAGGAUUCCCUGGUGGUCCUCCACCGUUCCCUCCGAAUGGACCGCCCGGGUCUAUGCCUCCCUUCCCUCCGAAUAAUUCCAGUGGGCCCCCUGGUGGCUUCGACGGCCCUCCACCGAACAUGAACCAAGGACCUCCAGGGCCGCCCUCGAACGGACCCUCGAUUCACCCAGAUCGCAUGCGGAUGAUGGGAGGUGGUCACUGAGUCUUGUCAAGCUCUUCUUUUCAAUUAUUCUGUUUUUGGUGUACUUUAAGAAUAGUAUCUCCAGGUCGCUGCUCGCUUUCCGUACUGGUUCUCUCGUCUAGUCCGUGUUCGUUCCACACCGGCUGAUAACUCAGUCCCAUCGUUCCGCUUUGGCUAUCACGUUCACGUGUAGUCACAUCUUGUGACACCUAGGCCUCUAAAGUCUUCGAAAUCUCGGAGCUCGCCUCUAGAAUCUCCACCAUUUCCGGAUUAUAUGACGGCACUUUGCUCCGACUGUGCAAAAGCUGAUCAUUAUGAGAAAGAGCUUCAUGUUCAGUAUCCAAGGCAUGCUGCGUGCCAGGUGUGAAGAGCGUGCCAGUGAGCGUUAAUAACGCUGAGGGAACGUGCCAUGCACCCUCGACACACCUUUCAUGAAGCCCUCCAACUAUCCAGUCUCUCCUCGCUUGCUAUUCAUCGUCCUUGCUUCUUUGUCAAUCUUAACCGGCAUCUUCUCUGGUGCUCGUCGGACGUUCUUGGUUUUCACACCCAGCCAUUGGCAGGAUGGACCACCGCGAGAUACGACACCAGUUUAUCUGCAACAGCUCGAGACACUCCGUGCGCGGUGUCUCUCUAACGGUUCACCCCCCGGACCCUCCUCUCAGUUCUUCAAACGGGAUGUCUCUGACCGCUACGAGCCGGGCACAAACUCCACUCUGAUCACCAACGCUACGCUACUCGUCGGCCAGGGCAACGAGACUCGAGUCAUGCAUGGAGAUAUCUACCUCGACAAAGGGGUUCUGAAGAACAUCGGGAGCUCGCUGGCGCAUCUGGGUUUGACAGCGACCGCAAACUUGACGGUCAUUGAUGCCGAAGGGGCAUGGGUUACGCCUGGCUUAGUGGAUCUGGACACGCGACUUGGACUGAUGAGCACGCCCUUCUUGGCUGGCGCAUCAGACGAAGACUCUACGGGCGGCCCCUUCACUCCUGGGCUCCGCAAUAUUGAUGGGCUCAAUACACACGAUGAAGCAUUCCGACAUGCAGUCGCAGGCGGUGUCACUUCUGCCCAGGUGCUAGCUUCGGGCUCCAGCAUCAUUGGCGGUCAGCCAAUCGUCGUCAAACUCAGACCCACAGUAUCGCGCUCACCGAGUUCGAUGGUGCUUGAGCAUGGCGAUGGCCAAGGCUGGUUAUAUCUUCAACAAUCGUGCGGUCCGUCGGACUACGGAAAUCGACGUGAUGUCAUCUGGACUUUGAGGGCUGCUUAUAACGAAGCGCGGGCCGUGAAAGUGGCGCAAGACCAAUUCUGUUCUCAGGUUGAAGCUGGUCUCUGGGACGGAUCAGAGUUUCCAGAAAAGACAGGAUACGAUAUCCUUGUUGAUGUGCUUCGCGGCAAGGUCAAGGUCACAAGUCACUGUCAGACGGCCGUCGAUAUCGACGCCUUAGUUCGGUUGAGCCGAGAGUUCGAAUUUCCUCUUUCUUCUAUCCAGCACGCGUCCGAAGCUUGGCUACUUCCAGGUCUGCUCAACCAGACCUGGGAUGGCCCACCCACGGUCGCACUGUUUUCGACCGACCAUGGGUACGAUCUGCCAUCGUACCGAGGAUCUGAGUUUGCUCCCCGUGUGUUGUCCGACGCCAAUAUCUCUGUCAUCCUCAAGACAAACCAUCCGACUAUUCACUCUAGAUACCUUAUCCAAGAAGCGCAAAAAGCGCAUCAUUUCGGUCUGCCCUCCUUAGUGGCCCUGGCUUCGGUCACAUCCAACCCCGCUCAAGCCCUCGGUCUGAGCCAUCGCAUCGGCAAUCUGUACGAAGGAGCUGAUGCCGAUGUUGUCAUGUGGGAUUACAAUCCGUUACAACUAGGUGCUCGGCCAAUCCGGGUCUGGAUCGACGGACAGCCCCAAAUGCUCGACGUCGUCGGAGCACCAAAGCAGAGCAGGAUCUUACAUGACUUUCCCGCCGUGCCGAAUUGGGAGAAAGAGGUCAAGGAAGCUAUCGAAUCGGAUGGCUUGCCCCCCUUGACUAGCCGCAAGGAGAAGGGGAGGAUAGCCUUCGUCAAUGUCGGCCGUUUCACUGGUUUCAGCCGCCAAUCAACAGGCGAUGUCAACACUGUGGUUGUCGAACGAGGCAAGAUCGUCUGCGUCGGUGAUCAAUGCCCUGCCGAUUUGGCUGCGGAAACCAUAGAUCUGUUCGGCGGGGUGAUAGUGCCGGGCAUGACGACGUUCGGGUCGUCGCUGGGACUGGAAGAGAUGCGUUAUGAGCUCACGACCGGCGAUGGUCAGAUUAUGGAUCCGUUUCAGGGACAGGUCCCGUCUAUCGUCCAUGACCCUACGGCCUUGGUGAACACCAUCGACAGUCUUGUUUUCGGGACUCGACACGCACUCCUUGCUUACCGGUCGGGGGUGACUUCAGCAAUCGCAGCUCCGCGAGAGGGCAUAGCUGUUUCGACCGUGGUCUCGACAGGGACUAUGGGACCCAUGGAGCGGGGUGCUCUCCUUCAAAAGUCGACGGCUCUGCACGUUGCGGUUCAUCGGCCGGAUCCGAAGGCCAAGUCGGUGAGCGUCAGUACACAGAUCGCCACUCUUCGCAGGCUCUUGAAUGGCUGGGAGUCGCAAGAGAGUGAGACGGGAAGAUGGUUCAGGAAAGCGGCCGAGGCAAGUCCACCCUCUGCUGAUGUGCGAGAAAUCCCAACGUGUACAGGGCGUUAUUCCCCUCGUCAUUGACGUAGAAAGCGCCGACAUCAUGUCCACGCUGCUGAUCAUGAAAGACGACGUCGAGAACCAACUGGGCACGAGAAUGAGAAUGGUUUUCAGCGGUGCCGCCGAAGCCCACUUGAUCGCAGACGAGAUCAGCAAGUGGUUUACUGAUUCCUGUGACACGAUGUUCAUCUCUCAUCGCAGGCAAAGCGAACGUGGGCGUUAUAAUUCAAGCCAAGCCAAUGAUACAAGCUUGGGAGACCCGCAGAUCGUCAGUCCCUAGUCACUAGAAGGAUUUUCUGCUCAAGUUCCUCAGCCUCGCUGGACCCCCGUUGACGA